AUGGACCGUAUCAUACCGCCGUCUCCUACCCCCUCUGUGCGCGAACACUCCCCCGCUAUCUUCGAUCAACAUCUCCAGCACCACAGCAUCGCAUCACAGCGUCGCUGUCCUGGUACGCCAUCCGAGGUUGUCCAGAUCAUUCCUCGUUCUGCUUCUAAGUACCAGACACCGGAGCCCCGGCACGUACGCCAGUACGCCAGCCCGAGCAUGGCAUAUACACAACCCCAUCAGGGGAUAACAUUCCAUUACCCAGCCCUUCAUACCGGCGAAGACGCCCCUGCCUAUGAGACGACGCAUUCAGCAUCGACACCUCAAGUAUACAACCUAAAUACACCCGAAGCGUCUCCGCCAGCCGCGCCGCAACACAUCUCCGGGAGUCCCGGUAUAUCCAACAUGGCCACACCGCAAAGGGCAACACAAGGAAUGAAAGUUCUUUCCGUAAAGACGGGCCGCGUAACAAAGAACUCGACACCCAGGAAGAAGGCGCCGUCUCUGUCUGCCUCUCCUCCAUUAAAGCGAAAGGAGAAGUCCACCAAAGCAACCAGCGAAGAAGCCAGCACAAUCGACCAACCACUCAGCAUCCUCACCAAGGAGUGGGAUAUGCCGAUCGUUGACAUUGAGGCCUACGUCCAUAGGUCUGCAGAUGAGCGGCAUGAAGAGGUCGAGCACGGCAAAGAGCCUGGAAAGGUCAAACGUGCCAUGAACGCCUUUAUGUUGUAUAGAAAGGCUUACCAAAACCGAGCCAAAAAAUGGGCACAUCAGUCCAAGCACCAGAUCGUCUCCAAGGUGUGUGCUCAAAGUUGGUUCAUCGAACCAGACAACGUCCGCCAGCAGUUCAACAAAUGGGCCGUGAUCGAGCGGGACAAUCAUCGCAAAGCUCAUCCGGAGUACAAAUUUACACCAUCAAAGCCUCGGAAGAAGGGCAAGGAUGAGUUUGGCGAAGAUUCGGGUGUUGAUGAUGACUGGGAAGCCUCGGGUCACCGGGAUCCGAAGCAUCGGUCAACCAGCAGGACUCCUAUAAUGGACCCGCACGGUGGGCCGUACGGACCCCCAUAUUCCACAGUGGCUGUUCCCGACGCACAAUCAUACGGCGCGUAUCACCAUAGACAUCCGCAACAAUUGGCGAACCCGGCAAGACACACCCCCACGCCAUACGACACGGAGGACUAUCACGUGGCUGGGCCGGGAAUACACUAUCGCCAUAUUCCUACAGGCCAUCACCAUCAGCUCGAGAACAUGGUGUACACAAACACAGCACAGCAAAGCAUGGGCGUGGGCUUAGGCCCUGCUCAACAUUCGACAGGAUACCAAUCCUUUGAAUACAACGCACAAUACGCUUCACAAGCCCCGGUUGCUGCACACCACCACCGCUCCCAUGGACACCCUGCCGGUGGCGUAGGGCAACAGAUCGAUCCUUCGCUUAUGUCCAGGGAUGGUAUCCCUCAGUACGACCUAUCUAACCCCGUUCUCACAACUGGGGGGCUGGGUGAAUCCCAGUGGCAGCCAACCCUCCACACCGGAGCAGACACAAAUGAGAUAUAUGCCGGCCCGUAUCUUGCCGAGGUGGAGGAGACUCUGAUCCCAGAUAACCAUCUUCAGUAUCUUCAGGGCGAUAACGAAAGCUGGAAAGUUGAUUCUGUUAAUGAGGCCGGUAAUUGGCAUGGUUUGGGUGGGGCUUAA